GGGCUUCAGGCCUCUGCUGCCUGGGCCGCACCCUGAGGAGCCGUCCCACACCUUUCCUCAGGUUCUGAGGGACGUGCUCUGCAGGACGCUGUGGGUCAGAAGGGAGAGUGGCAGGCCCUGAUGGGAAUCAGUAUGCACCCCUGAAGGAUGCUGAGGGCAUUUCCCAUCCAGGCAGAGUGGGCCCCACUCUCCCACGCUCGGCACCCUCCGAGGGCGGAGGCAGGGAAGGCUGCGGGUGGUGCACCCACUCCCUGCCGCUGUCAGGGAGGUGAGAUUCUGUUCAGAGGGCUGACUUCAGCUCAACAGAGGGAGCCAUACCUGGUCAGCAGAGAAAAGACUUCAAAGAUCGGCCAGGACUCAAGAAAAGGACGCUUUGGGAGGAUGGAGGGCCUUUGGGUCGCCUGCGCCCACCGGGCCGCACCGGGUGCCUGCCGCCAGACGGAAGUCAUCAUGCCUCUGGGUGAGAGCAAGGAGCUCCAGAAGUUGGAGGCAGAGCUUCAGGACCCGAGAGAGGCCGAGCACCUGCCUCCCGCACCGCUGUCCUGGGCUGCGGAGGCCGAGGAGUUCCUCUCCCCCUCCUCCCCCUCCCCCUCCUCCUCCUCACGGUCCUCCUCCUCCUCUUCCUUUGCCCUGUUCCUCGACACCCCAGAGGACGGGUCUGCUGCUGGGUCUCCAAGCGCUCCCCAGAGCCCUCUGAGUGCCUGCCCGCCGCCCAGUGCCGGGGCAGCCGCUCCCUGGAGCCUGUCUGAAGAUCUCUCAGGCUCAGCCCCGGAGGAGGAGGGCUCUGGCCCUGGGCUGGAGCCUGGAGCGGCCCCGCCCCCGCUGCAAACCACACUCCACCUGAAGGCUGCCCACCUGGUGGCCUUCCUGCUCCUCAAGUAUCGCAGCCAGCAGCCCACCAGCCAGGCGGAGAUGCUGGAGGUCAUCGGCAACGACGCCCAGGUUGCCUUCCCUGUGAUCUUGGGCCAGGCCUCCCAGUGCAUGCAGCUGGUCUUUGGCGUGCAUGUGAAGGAAGUGGACCCCGGCGACCACUCCUACGUCCUGGUCCCGGUCCUGGGCCUCACCUGUGACGGGAUGCUGAGCGGUGAGCAGGGCAUGCCCAAGAACGGCCUCCUGGUUUACGUCCUGGGGGUGAUCCUCGUGGAGGAUGACCGUGCCCCCGAGGAGGAGGUGUGGGAAGCGCUGGCGUUCGUGGGGGUGUAUGCAGGCCAGGAGCACAUCAUCUACGGGGAGCCCAGGGAGCUCCUCACCAAGGUCUGGGUGCAGGAAGGGUACGUGGAGUACCGGCAGGUGCCCGGCAGCGACCCUGCCCGCUACGAGUUCCUGUGGGGUCCCAGGGCCCACGUGGAAACCAGCCAGUUGCAAAUGGAGGAGUAUUUGCUCCGGGUCAAUCCUGGGCAGUUGGCUUCCGCGCUGGCCCUGUGUGAAGAGGCUGUGAGAGAUGAGGGAGAGGGGGCCUGAGCCCCGGGGGCAGCUUCGCUGGGGUCGGCAGCUUCUCCUCCAGGGUGCUGGGCGUGAAGCGAGGCCACUUGUUGGUUCUUCCCUGGGGCGUGUGUGCGUGUGUGUGUGCGCGCGUGUGCGUGAAGACAGAGCCCUGGGCGUCGUAAAGAGUGCAGGGCCGGGGAGGGUGGGAGCAGAAAGCAGGGCCAGGAGCCUUCUGGGGGUGGCGGGGGGGGGGGGCAGUUCCCUGGGAUGACUCCCACAUCCAGAGCUUGGUGUCCUGGAGAAAGCUCCCCUGUGGGGUUCCUUGCCAUAGAAGGUCUCAUCCGUUUCAGCGGCUGAGUGUGUGAGUGACAGCCACCCCGCAGCGUUUGUCCGUACCCAGUUCAAGAGUUAAGAGUUUUGUCAUGUCCUGGAAACCAUUUGGGACCCCUUGCCUCCUCGUUUCUGCUCCGGACCAAAAUCACAGGGCACCGGUCUAGCGAUGGGUUGAAAAGGCGAAAGAAAGGAGGAGGGAAGGGAUGGGGGUCAGGAAAUAGAGAAAUAAAAGGAAAAGUUUGUUGGUUCUUGCUUCUGAUGCCUUCCUGUCCGUCAUUCCGCGAAUACCAAAGGCACGCACCAGUGUGCUCCUGCGUUGGCCUGGUUCUUCCAGAGUGGAGGGGAGACGUCCUCCCAGCAGAGAGGGAGCCCUGCUCACUGGCUCCUUGAUUCCCACACGUGGGCUGAGCUCUGCUCUCUGGAAGGCCCUGGGCGUGAGCAGUGAGGACACCAGCAGAAGCAGGACACGUCCCAGCCACAGGGGACUGAGUCUAGGGGCCGCAGUCCUGGCAGGAAGGUGGGGAGGGGAGCCCUGAGUCCUGCAGAAGAAACGGAGGCAGGGUGAGCGGGGGCGGCUCCCGGGGCGAGCACUGCGUUGGAGGUGCCCUGAGUCCUGGCGGCUGGGCGUGCCUGGUCCCCGUGAUGGCUUCUGUGCGGCUGGUCCCUGGCACGCUGGGGUAUGACAGCGGUCCUCCUUGGAGAAGGGGUGCCUCGGGUGUGGGAGCAGAGUCUGAAAUGGAUUAAUUGCUCUGAGAAUACCCAUUGGUCCUGGAGAAGACAGAGCACUCCCUGUGACAGGAAGGAAGGGUGUUUGCUGCCUUUCAACUGCCUCAGAAAUGGUGAGCACAAGAAAGAGAGUUCUGUUGCCUUUCCAACAUAGGGUCUGUGGAGAGAUCGGAACCCUUGUACACCCUUGUGGGAACGUAACCCGAUAACAGCUGCUCUGGAAAAGUGUGUGACGGGGCCUCAAAAAAUUAGAAAUGGAAAUGACUGUAUGAGCCAGCAAUCCCAAUUCUGGGCGUACAGUUA